AUGUCAGCUGAAUAUAUGCGACAGAAAACAAUUCCAAUAAAUCAACAAUCUGAAAAACAAAACUGUUUUUUAGAAGCAAUUAUGAAAUCUGAUUUAGAAGCAUUUGAUAUAUUAUUAAGUGAUGAUCUUAUAGUAAUCAAUCAUUCUGCCUCAUCUUGUUAUAAUUAUAAUAUUUUUCAAUUUAUUGUUGUAUAUUCAACACAUAAAUUUAUUGAUUGUGUAAUUACUAAAUAUUUCAAUAUGAUUAAUAAUUUAACUGAAGGUGGCAAAAAUCUUGUACCAGUAGCAUGUGAAAGAGGUGAUAAGAAUGUAUUAAAAAUAAUUUUAACAUAUUUUGCAUUUGCAUCACUUAAUGAUACAAGUAGUUCAAAACAAUCACAUAAUUAUUUAGGUUGUGAUAAGCCAUAUUCAAUUGAACUUACAGAAUAUAAAAAUGACAUUCCAUUAUCUUGCGUUAUUCGUGAUAAUCAUCCUGAUUUUUUAUUAAUUUUAUUUAAAUUUAAAUCGUUUACAUUUGAUUGUUUUACAAAAGAGCAGAAACACGAAAUAUUUCAUCUUUGUUUAUUAGCUGAAUAUCGUCGAUAUACCAUGGAUAAAAAUAAGUUGAGAUAG